AUGAGUUCAAAUCUAUUCAAAACAACAGUUAAUGAAUAUCUAGAAGAUCUACCUAAAGCAGUUCAAUCCAAAUUAUAUGAAGCACCAGCAACAUGUCUAUCUAUUUAUCGAUUACUAUCGCCAAUGGCUAAAUUUUUCAUAAUGUCAAUGAUUUUCAAUGAAAAACCAUUACCAAUGAGAGAUCUCACCAAGUGGUGUAAACCACUGGCGAAAAAACUUGAAUUUGAAGCUUUAAAAAGAUUGGAAUCAUUACAUUUAAUAGAACAUGACAACAAGGGAACACAUAUAAAAUUAAAUUCAAUAUUUAGAAAAAAUUUCCGAGAUUGUCUAACAGGAACUCAAGAUCCUAAUGCAUUUGGAAGUAUUACUAUAACUGAAGACAAACAUAAAGUAGAUAUUCCAUUUCUAGAUAAAUUUGCAUCUACAAAAUGGGAAACAAUUUUACAUUUUAUGGUUGGGACUGAAGGUACUCCUGCUCCAUCUAAAUCAGUAUUAAGUUUAUUAAAAGCAGGAGGUCUUAUGGAAGGAGAUGAUUACAACUUGAAUAUAACAAAUACAGGAUUUCAAUUUUUAUUACAAGAUGUAAAUGCACAAAUAUGGACUUUAUUAUUACAAUACCUAAAUUUAACUCAAGAAUUAAAUAUGAAUCCUGUUGAUGUAUUAAAUUUUAUUUUUAUAUUAGGUUCAUUAGAAUCGGGGAAAAGUUAUGCAGUUUCUGGACUUAGUGAAACUCAAGUAAGUAUGCUUGCUGAUUUAAAAGACUACGGGUUAGUUUAUCAAAGAUCAGAUUCAUCAAGUAGAUUUUAUCCAACAAGAUUAGCAACUACAUUAACAUCAGAUUCAUCAGCACUUAAAACACCUUCAAUGGCUGUAGAACAAGCCCUUGAAGAAUCUUCUGAACAGAUCACCUCAUCAAAUGUUCAAGAAUCAAUCAUAAUAGAAACAAAUUUUAAAAUAUAUGCAUAUACAAAUUCACCAUUAGAAAUAGCAAUCCUAAACUUAUUUGUUCAAAUGAAAGCAAGAUUUGCAAAUAUGAUAGCAGGUCAAAUAACAAGAGAAUCUAUUAGAAAUGCAUUAUAUAAUGGUAUAACAGCAGAUCAAAUUAUAAAAUUUUUAGAAACUCAUGCACAUCCACAAAUGAGAGCAUUAGCAAAAGAUAAAUUAGAUAAAAAAAUUGAAUUUGAUACAAGUCAUAAUAUAAAUACAGCAGGUGGAGCACCACAAAGUAAAACUGAUGGGUCCAUAAGUCAACAUAAAUUAGAAAUAAUACCACCAAAUGUUGUUGAUCAAAUAAAAUUAUGGCAAUUAGAAUUAGAUAGAAUUCAAACUUUUGAAGGUUAUUUAUUUAAAGAUUUUGCAAAUCAACAAGAAUAUGAUAUAUUAUUUAAUUAUGCUACUGAAUUAGGUGUUUUAAUAUGGAAAAAUUAA